AUGUCCACCCCGGCAUCACCGACUCUGUCCAUCUCUUCUACACCUUUGGCCUCAUUUCAACAUGCAUCGGUGUCUACACCUUCGAUAGGAGCAGGAUCUGGAUCCAUGUCAACUGCGCCUCAUACAGCAGGAGGACAACAUCGUCGACAAAAUGGUGGCAUUCCUCCUCCUCCUCCAGCUUAUUCGACGGUCCAUUCACCGACUCGAUCAUCAUCCUUAAAUCGUCUACAACCCAGAUCCACACCUCCUCCCCCGUCGAGUGCUUCCUCUUCACACACACCUGCCCUGUCAUCCACGCCAGUCCCGCCUACCGAUCCACCACAGACACCUCUCUCCACUUCCAGUACCGCUUCUUCCUACUCUCGCCGGGUUUGGGUACCCACACCCAAUGUCCCGAUGAGAUUACAAGAUCGACAUCAUGUACAUCGUGUCUCGCCACUCACAGGACAAGAUGAAGAGAGAAAUCGAUGGUUAUCGGAGGACGAAGGGGCAAACAGUGGUGUGGAAGGUGGAUCAAGUCGGAGAAGGCGAAGGAGGCAACGAUCGAUACCCGAUCAAUCAGCGUGUCAUGACGAGCCUUCCAAUACACACAUUCCCCCUGGUCUCCCAGCCGCUUCUCUAGACCUUCGUCGCCCAGCCUUCGAUGCUCGUGAUAGGAUCAAGAAUCAGAUCGCUGCAUCAUCUUCCCCAUCAACCUCUCCGAAACCUGCUGCCAAUCGAUCGUCCCGACCCAUAAUCCGUCGUGCUAUGUCUCACGAACCUCAAGUGUCUCGUUCGUUGACCCCAGCAACGCCGAUCGGCGCAGUCGAUGUCACGGUAGGAGCAUUCCCUCCUCAGAUUCAAGACAUCGUGCCUACACCAGGUUCGCCCGUCCGUCGAUUCAGUGUGGAAACGAAAAUAUCGCCUUCUGCAAGAGGAUCGCUGCAAUCAGCAGAGCUUGUGGCCUCUACAUCAGGUGUGCAACAGACGACAGAAUCAGACGGAGACGAUCUCAUGUCAGAACGCGAGAGGCGUCGUGCAGCACGACAUUCGACUUUGGAGACAUUGCAAAGGAUAUUGAGCUGGCGAGUUUUGCAUUUGCCUCUUCGUACCAGAUACUGA